AUGACCAUCUUAGGAUAUCUGCGGAUGAAUGAGGAGAUGCUUAGGUUUGACCCCACUAUUAGAAUAUUCGGCGACCACAAUAUAUCGACAUCGAAUGAAACGAUAAAACAGAGCGUCUCAUCAUUGACGAGCACGUUGCGUUGCUGGUCGGGCGAUAGUCUGUUGGAGAGUAUAUCGCAAGGAGGAUCCGCAGACGCCGCUUGUGUUACUAACGUUGCCCGAUAUUACCACUAUGAGACCGUUCGCGUACGAGGUGCUAAUAACGACAUUCAACAAAACAUUCGAAAGGGCCUGGACGUCACGGAAGCCGCGAAUUAUCGGCCAGGACGUGCGAAGCUGCAGUCUAGUACAAAUGUAUCUAUUUCCCGCAAAGGGCGAAGUACUAGCGCUGGCGUGAAGCGGCCAUCCAGCGAUGCUGACGCCACUCUACCGCCGAUUAAGCGAUCCUGUCUAACGUCUCCAACAAAGGCAAGCGGCGAACGACCACCAAACCGGGUGCACCGGCGAGUUAUUCUUUGCGACUAUGGAAAGCCAAUCUACAAGGCAAGCUCCGCCGUGGUGCUGCUUUCUGCGCUGGAAGGCUGCGUCGAGGGACACGAGUUGUUGUACAAUGCCGGUCCUCACAGGGACAUUUCUAUUAACAACCUCAUGGUGAAUGAGGAUGAUAGUAACCCUUCCUGGCGAGCUUUUUUGAUUGACCUGGACCUUGCUAUAAUUGAGGAACGAGUGAGAGCCAAGGGAAAGACGGGCACGAGGGCUUUUAUGGCAAUUGGGGCGCUUCUCGGCGAGCAGCAUUCCUUCAUGCACGACCUCGAAUCAUUUUUCUGGGUGUUAUUCUGGACAUGCAUUCACUGCAACGGACCGAACGAAAGCAUAGUCGUGCCAAGGUUUGAGAAGUGGAAUUAUGUCGACAUGAGGGAGCUAGCCGAGCUCAAAAAGGGCCAAGUAUCUCAUGAGAGAGAUUUCAUCAGAGCGACCGAAGAGAAUUAUAAGUUAUUAAAUUUAUAG